AUGGAAAUUCUUACUGUGGUUGUUCCGGACCUCAUCCGAUACUCAAAGGAUUAUUUUAUGGAGAACUCUUUGUUCCAACAAAUCGAGCAUGUUCGAAAGGGUACAUUGCCAGCAGCCGUCGGUCUUCAUCCUAUCCGAACAAUGGUCGAUGGCAUUGACUACUGUGCAACGGCUAUUCAGGUGCCGGUUGCGACACAAAAGAAGUGUGAUUUGUUGCUUCAUGAUUGCGAGAAGGUCUCCCUCGAUUCAACUCAUUUGGCUGGAAUUCUAGGAGAGGAUACGGUGAUGACACUCGGAAAAAAUAAGGAAGGAACAGUCUUCUUUCUACUUGUUGAUCGUAAUCCAGAGAAAGUCUCUCACGUACCCGAGAUCACCAAGGUCAUGGCUUCAAUGAUCCAACUGACUACUAACAUCAAGUUGCGUGAGCUAAGAGAAAUCGAGCAACUUCGUCUCCCGAUUGAGCUUGCCGGUAGUUUUAUGCUGAUGGUGAAAUGUGAGGAAAACGGAAAACGUACAUUGGAGCUCUUCGACGAGAACAUGACUCAAGUUGGAUUUGUGAACGGAUUCGUCUGGAGAGAGAUUGUCGUUUGA